AAGUGGUUGCUAACCUGCUGCGCUGUUGUUCACUGACAUAACGACAGCUAGCUACAUAUGGACAAAGGAGUGCCCUCACAUGAAGUCUCGUCUUUGCAACGUUGAGGAGCGGUACAGAUGUCUUUAACAUGGCAAAUGUGGUUCGGACAGCAGCUUUAGUUUUAAACCUCUGGAGUGUUUUCGUGCAGUUCAGUCGCGUGUCAGGUCUUGGGAUCAAUGAACUGCUUUAUUUCCGGGUCAUCAGUCCAGAGGAGAUAGGGUACAUCUUCAGUGCAGCACCUGCUAAAGACUUCGGAGGAGAUUUUACAUCAUCUUAUGAUGAGAUUUUCCUGGUGCCAGCAGACCCAGCAGAUGGCUGCUCAGAACUGGAGGACAGAGAAAUCAUCCAGGGACAAGUAAUCCUGGUGCAAAGGGGAGGCUGCUCCUUUGUACAAAAGACCCGACAUGUUGAGGAAGCGGGAGGCAAAGCUGUUUUGAUUGCUGAUAAUGUGGAGGACAAUGACAGUCAGUACCUUGAUAUGAUCACUGACGGAAGCACCGCCAAACCAAGCAUACCUGCUCUAUUCCUGCUGGGACGCGAUGGAAUGAUGAUCAGACGAUCUCUUCAGAGACUAGCACUACCGUGGGCUGUCAUUUCCAUUCCUGUCAAUGUUUCCUCAUUGGCCUCGUUCCCACUUAAGCAGCCCCCGUGGACACUGUGGUAGAAUUAAUGCACACUCAUAACUUCAUGCAUUUCCUCACUCAAUAAACACUCUUUCAUCAGUGCAUAUCCUGCCAGCAGUGAACAAACUCACAGCCUCACAUGGAAAUUCUUUGGCGGUGGUUAAACAAAUUUACGCACACUGGUGGUGAACCAAUGAAAUUAACAUAUGUACACACCUGAAUGCACGGUCAAAGGCUUGUUGAGUAUACCUCUUAGCUGUGUCCAAAUGGACUCUUUGCCAGAGCUAUUGGACCAGAUGAGGACAGACAAACUCAGCAAGAAACGCAUGCUUAUUCUCAGCUGAACUUGUUUGAAUUAGCCGGUGGUUUUGAAGAUAAUGAGUCUCUCUAGUUUUGAGUAGUCUCCAGCAACUUCUGUACAAAUGAUCUGUUGGUGACUAUUCAGUGGUAAAACUGUGGAAAAUCUGAUGUGCACUGAUAGAACACAUACAAAAAGAAGAUCACUGUACACCAUUUCUUUUUGCCUCAUCAAAUAGUACAAGCUGAGGCCUCUGGA